AAAUUCCGAAAAAUUAAUAACUUAGUAGGAUUUUCAAGAUGAAAUCGUUCGCACUGUUAUUGGUUGUUGGCUUUACGUUAGUUUAUGGACAAUUUGAUCCACACUGGAGGGCCGGAAGAAGUGUGAUGGUUCAUCUUUUUGAAUGGAAAUGGAAUGAUAUCGCGAACGAGUGUGAGACAUUUUUGGGUCCAAGAGGAUAUGCUGGUGUUCAGAUCUCACCACCCGCUGAAAAUGUGAUUAUUCGUACGCCUUCUCGACCUUGGUGGGAAAGAUAUCAACCAGUAAGCUAUUCAUUGAACACACGUUCCGGAAAUGAGGCGACAUUUGCUGACAUGACUCGUCGCUGUAAUGCUGUAGGUGUAAGAAUUUAUGUUGAUCUUUUAUUGAAUCAUAUGAGUGCCACAACUGGAACUGGAACAGGUGGAACUAUUGUCAGUACUCCUAGAAAUUUUCCUGCUGUUCCUUAUGUUGAUGCAGAUUUUAAUCCUACUUGUAGCAUUGAUUGGGGAAGUGCUACUUCCGUUAGAAAUUGUGAGCUUGUUGGACUUCCUGACCUUGAUCAAUCGCGAUCGAACGUAAGACAGCAUCUUAUUAACUAUAUGAAUCGCUUAAUUGAUCUCGGUGUAGCUGGUUUUCGGCAAGAUGCCUUGAAGCAUAUGUGGCCUGCAGAUCUCCAAGUAAUGUUUUCACAACUUCACAACUUGAACACUAACCACGGAUUCGCUGCAAAUUCGAGAGCUUAUAUGGUCGGUGAAGUUAUUGAUAACGGAAAUGAGCCUAUUAGCGGAACUGAAUACUUUGGAUUUUCAACAAUCACUGAAUUCAGAUACUCAAACGCAAUUUCCAAUUCAUUCCGUGGAAAUGAUCAAUUGAGAUGGCUUAGAAAUUUUGGAGAAGCCUGGGGAUUCCAUCCAUCUAACAGAGUUUUGACAUUCGUAGAAAACCACGAUAAUGAACGAGGUGGUGCUUUAUCAUACAAAAGUGCUAGACAAUACAAAAUGGCAGUAGCUUUCCAUUUAGCAUGGAAUUAUGGAAUUCCCCGUAUUAUGAGCAGCUUUGCAUUUGAAGGACAUGAUAUGGGACCACCAAUGGAUGCCAAUGAAAAUCUACUUUCACCAUUAUUUGAUGCAGCAGGAGCUUGUACCAACGGAUGGAUCUGCCAACAUCGUUGGAGACAAAUUUUCCAUAUGGUUGAAUGGCGUAAUGUGGUUGGAACUGGUGCUGUCGCUAAUUGGUGGGAUAAUGCUAACAACCGAAUUGCCUUUUCACGUGGAAGUCGUGGAUUUAUUGCAUUUAAUGGUGAAUCUUCAAACAUGAGUGAAUGGCUUACAACUGGAUUGCCAGCAGGUGUCUACUGUGAUGUAAUUUCGGGAGAAAAAAGUGGAACAACUUGCACAGGAAAGUCUAUUCAAGUCUUUGAAGAUUCCAGAGCAUUAUUUUCAAUUGCAACAACAGACUUUGAUGGUGUCAUUGCAAUCCAUGUUGAUGCUAGACUUUAAGUUUGAUUGCUUUAUGAUGAAAAUGAUGUAACAAAAUAAAUUGUGCAGUGGAAUCAAAUGUUUGUCUUUAAUUGAAGACUAAUAAUUUACAGGUCAUGAACUGUUUACUGUGAAUCAAUUGACACGUGUGGCUUAGCAAUUAAUAAAUUAUGAUUAUUGAUCACUGC